ACCGUCGUUUUUUAUCAUCUGUAAAAAACUCACGGUCGAGACACUUGCUCCUGGUUCCACAGGUAUCCUCAAACUUGCAAAUCUACAGAGAAAAGCAAAUAGGGGUGGUUGUUACACGUAGAGGCGGACUGGAUGAUAGGAAUGGCGGAGAGGUGGCUGAGGAGUGUUGAAGGUAGAGAGGGUUGGCUAUUGUCGCUACUAAUGGUGGAGAUGGAAGGAAGAUGGAAUGAACUCCUUGGUUGCCACUAUUUUUUUUUUGAGCAAGAAAGGGGGUGGCUAUUUUGCGCAGCAGAUCGACACGAAGAACGCCAAAGAGGAGAGUCAGAGUGGCGUUGAGGAGUGCUGGAGAUGGAGAGGAACGACUUCUUGGCUGUCGUUGGUUUUCCGGCAAAAGAGGGCGACUGCUACGGUGCAGUAGCGUAGGGGAGAGGCGAUUGAGGAGAAUCGGCAGCGGCGUAGUGGCGGCGAAGGGGGGAGAUGGGACUGUUCUUUCAGGGGGAAAAGCAUUGGAGAAAGAAGGGAGAUGGUUUUGAGUGGGGUUGUAAGGGGGCAUAAGCGGCAUUUUGUAACUGGGAGGGUUUCCGUUUUUAUGUGGUAGGGAACUUAAUAUAUUUUAUUCAAAAAAUAAAUAUAUUUUCAUAUUAAAAGAGAACAAUACCCCGUGCCGUGCGCCCGGGCCUAUGGUGGUUUUCAUAAACAACUGCAGCUGGAAGGGGCAGCAAGCAACCAGAAGAUGAUCGCGUGGUUUGUGUUAAUCCUCGUAGUUGGCUAAGCAUCACAAAAACUCCACAUCCAUUCCCCCCAUUUUCUCUACCCUGCAACUUCGACGGCACUCCAGCUCAAUUCUAGAGAGAGAGAGAGAGAGGGAUGGAGGAGGUCUCGACGGGGGCGCUAGUCCCGUCGGGGAAGCAGGAAGUCCGGACCCCUUCUUCCUUGGCUAUGGCGGAGGUUGCCGACGCAGUCGCUGCAGCGUCGGCGGCGGCUGCCGAGAUGGCCGUCUCAGAAGUUUCUGAGCUCGACAGGGACUUCUUGUGCCCGAUAUGCAUGCAGAUUAUCAAAGACGCCUUCCUCACGUCCUGUGGCCACAGCUUCUGCUACAUGUGCAUCAUCACUCACCUUCAGAACAAGAGCGAUUGCCCUUGCUGUGGCUAUUACCUCACCAACAAUCAAGUCUUCCCUAAUUUUGUCUUGGACAAGCUAUUGAGGAAGACUUCUGCCCGCCAAACAUCAAGAAGCGUGUCCCCUGUUGAACAUUUUCGUCAGGCAUUACAACAGGGCUAUGAAGUGUCAGUCAUGGAAAUAGACACUCUGUUAGAGCUCCUUGUAGAGAAGAAGAGAAAAAUGGAGCAAGAAGAAUCUGAGAGAAAUAUGCAAGUUCUGAUGGAUUUCUUGCAUUGUCUGAGGAAGCAAAAGGCUGAAGAGCUGAAUGAGAUGCAAACUGAUCUUCAGUAUAUCAAAGAGGACAUAAAUUCUGUAGAGAGGCAUAGAAUAGACUUAUAUCGAACAAGGGAGAGGUACUCAGUGAAAUUGCGGAUGCAUGUGGAGGAUCCUACAGCAAUCAAAACAUGGCCUUCUCCAGUUGAUAAGAACAGUAGUGGUCUUCUGUCUGGUUCUUGCAAUGCACAAGGAGGAUUGGCUGCUGGAGGUUUUCAGAACAAGAAAUUGGAUGGAAAGGCUCAAGUAAGCUCUAAUGGGCUCCAAAGAAAGGAUGCUAUGAGUGGGUUGGACUCGCAGCACGUUAAUCAAUCGAGUCUAGCCAUUGCAAGGAAAAAAAGGAUCCAUGCCCAGUUCAAUGAUCUGCAAGAAUGUUACCUGCAAAAGCGACGCCAGUCGGCAAACCAAUUACAUCAUCAGGACAAAACGGAUAUCCAUGCAGUACACAGAGAAGGUUAUAAUGCAGGUCUUGCAGAUUUUCAAUCUGUGCUGACCACCUUCACACAAUAUAGUCGCUUAAGGGUCAUUGCUGAACUUAGGCAGGCAGAUCUUUUCCACUCGGCCAAUAUUGUGUCAAGCAUAGAAUUUGAUUGUGAUGAUGAGUUGUUUGCUACUGCUGGAGUUUCACGACGCAUCAAAGUUUUUGACUUCUCAUUGGUGGUGAAUGAACCUGCAAAUGCGCACUGUCCUGUUGUGGAUAUGCCCACACGUUCCAAACUCAGUUGCUUGAGUUGGAACAAGCAUAUUAAGAACCAUAUAGCUAGUAGUGAUUACGAGGGAAUAGUCACUGUCUGGGAUGUCACUACACAGCAGAGUGUGAUGGAAUAUGAAGAGCAUGAAAAACGUGCUUGGAGUGUUGAUUUUUCACCCACAGAUUCCUCAAUGCUUGUAUCUGGCAGUGAUGAUUGUAAGGUCAAGGUUUGGUGCACGAAGCAGGCAACCAGUAUUCUUAAUAUCGACAUGAAAGCGAAUAUAUGUUGUGUCAAGUAUAAUCCUGGAUCGAGUUUCCACAUUGCGGUUGGUUCUGCAGACCAUCACAUCCAUUAUUACGAUCUAAGAAGCUUCAGCAAUCCAAUCCACUCAUUCAGUGGACACCGAAAGGCUGUUUCAUAUGUGAAAUUCUUGUCCAAUGAUGAACUUGCAUCUGCGUCUACAGACAGCACAUUGCGGUUAUGGGACGUCAAGGAAAAUUUGCCAGUUCGGACUUUUAGAGGCCACACAAAUGAGAAGAACUUCGUGGGUCUCACAGUAAACAGCGAGUACAUUGCUUGCGGCAGUGAAACCAAUGAAGUAUUUGUCUACCAUAAGGCAAUCUCCAAACCUGUGUCUUGGCAUAGAUUUGGUUCUCCUGAUAUUGAAGAGGCUGAGGAGGAUGCAGGGUCUUUCUUCAUCAGCGCUGUAUGCUGGAAAAGCGAUAGCCCUACAAUUUUGACUGCUAACAGUCAGGGGACAAUUAAAGUAUUAGUACUUGCAGCUUGAAUCUUGAAUUACUCGAAGGAAAAUAGUUGAGAAGAAAUGAAGAAACCAUAUGGAAUCAUCUGAUUGCUUUGGCCAAGGAUGGUUUGCUAUUUUGUCUAUACCUUGAACUGAGAUAUUUGGUGGGUGUAGAAGCUGUGGUUUUGCUAAAACCAUUUUGGCAAAGUGCUGCUGGCAACGGCUGGGCAGGGUAAGCUGGAUUUCCUUUUGGGAAGGAGGCCAUGGUUUUGUAAAUAUCACUACUAUUCUCAGUGUGUUCACUGUUUGUAUCCCAGCCUAUUUAUAGGCCAGACUAACCCUGUGGGCUACAACUGGGGUGCCCUGCUCUUUGAGGAAUAGUUCCACGAGGAUCAUUGCUAUUGUGGGGUUAAUAAAACUAAAUUUUGGCAA